AUGACCGUUAACAACACAAUAGCCCACCAAAGGUUAAUUCUAAGCGGUGACAGAGAAAGGUUCAAAGAAUUGUUAAGAAAGCGACUAAUUGAAUGCGGAUGGAGAGAUCAAGUACGAAUGCUUUGUCGUGAUGUAGUUAGAGAGAACGAGUCUAAUAAUAUCUCAUUCGAUAUGCUGGUGACAAGAGUGACACCGAGAGCUAGGGCUGCCGUCCCUGACACUGUAAAAAAGGAGCUUUUGCAGAAAAUUAAGACACAUUUACUGACACAAAAAGAUCAGUAA